AUUGGUUGAGUUGAAGUCGGUUUGCACAGGUUAAUGCACACACGGCUAUAGACCAAUCACCGAGCGGGUACUAUUGUUUUUAUUUUAUAUAUGGACAAUGGACAUUACUCACAUAUGUUGCAUACUCUUAUAAACUGUACUGCCCGUCCAUAUUAAAGCCCAUUUAUGUCAUUUGAGUUGAAGCAAUGCCGAAAAAAGAUGCAUCAAGAAGAAAACAUAAACCGUCUCACUUUCGAGAAGCUCGUGCAAAUUGGUUGUCAACUCUGUUUCAUCAAGAUUCCUUAUGUCGCGUAAAAUGCUCAGAUGUUCUAAAAGUGUUGAGAAAUAAAUAUAAGAGUAUAUCUGUUCGAGAGUGUGGGUUCAUUGUACGAAAGUGUUUUCCUACGGUGAAGCGAAUUCAUAGCAAUCAUGUCUACUUUUAUUCUGGCAUUAGCCACAUCGACGCCAUUGAAAAUGUUAACCAAUGUCAUACGGAAAAUGAUUGCUCAACUGAGAAUAAAAUGCUAUGUGGAUUACCUGAUUGCAUGAGUAUCAAUCGGUCGGAAUUGCUACGUUCCUCAUCAAAGAAGCCUACAUAUUCAUUCCCAAAUGGGAAUUUUGAUAGCAUGGAGUUAUGUUGGUUUAGAGGAAUGGCAGUUGCAGUGAGGAAAUCUGAGUUUGAUGUCAUUGAUGAAGCAAGAACUAUUCUUAGCUUACCAUCUCAUCCAUGUUUUCCAAUCUUAAUUGGUAUUUGUCGGGAUGAAAAGCCAUUCAUUUUAAUAACAAAAUUUUAUGGUCAUGUAGGAACUGGAGUGUACAUGUCCUUGGAAGGAUUGUGCUAUACUCAUGGAAUCACUUUUGCCGAGUGGAUAUCUUUAUUAAUUAAGAUAUGGGAAGGCAUAGAGUUGUUGCAUUCUUGUGGAUUUGCUCAUGGAGGUCUUGGAGUUCAAAACAUUAUUGUUGUGAAACAAAAAGAAAAGAAAAAGUUUGGGUGCCAGUAUUUCUGA